UGUCCCUUCACUCCCUCGAUGAGUCCGUCACUUCCUUCUUAAAAAACACACAUCUCUCUUCCCCUUCCUUUCCUCACGUUCUUCUCAAUUUCAAUCAAAAUCAAAAUCCCAAAUCAUAUCAAUCUUCCUCUAUUUCCCCACCAAACCCUAACCCUAAUUGUCUGAUUAGUAGAAAUGGACGCAUCGUCUGUGGCUCUAUCGAGGAUCGGCCUGGCGGGGCUGGCCGUGAUGGGCCAGAACCUGGCCCUCAACAUCGCCGAGAAGGGCUUCCCCAUCUCCGUCUACAACCGCACCGCCUCCAAGGUCGACGAGACCCUCGAUCGCGCCCACUCCGAGGGCCACCUCCCCCUCUCCGGCCACUACUCCCCCCGCGACUUCGUCCUCUCCAUCAAGCCCCCCAGAUCCGUCAUCAUCCUCGUCAAGGCCGGCGCCCCCGUCGACCAGACCAUCGCCACCCUUUCCGAGUACAUGGCCCCCGGUGACUGCAUCAUCGACGGCGGCAACGAGUGGUACGAGAACACCGAGCGCCGCAUGCGCGAGGCCUCCGACCGCGGCAUUCUCUACCUCGGCAUGGGCGUCUCAGGCGGCGAGGAGGGCGCCCGCCACGGCCCCUCGCUCAUGCCUGGCGGCUCCUUCCAGGCCUACGAGAACAUCAAGGAUGUCCUCCACAAGGUCGCUGCUCAGGUCGACGACGGCCCCUGCGUUACCUAUAUCGGCGAGGGUGGCUCCGGGAAUUUCGUCAAGAUGGUCCAUAAUGGGAUUGAGUACGGAGACAUGCAGCUCAUCUCGGAGGCCUAUGAUGUGCUGAAGCACGUGGGCGGGCUCUCCAACGAGGAGCUCGCUGAGAUUUUUGAUGAGUGGAACCGUGGGGAGCUCGAGAGCUUCUUGAUCGAGAUCACCGCUGACAUUUUCAAGGUCAAGGACGAGCAUGGAGAGGGGGAGUUGGUGGAUAAGAUUUUGGACAAGACGGGCAUGAAGGGCACUGGGAAGUGGACGGUCCAGCAGGCAGCUGAGCUGUCUGUAGCCGCCCCCACGAUCGCCGCCUCCCUGGACUGCCGGUACCUCAGUGGCUUGAAGGAAGAGAGGGAGAGUGCAAGCGCAAUCCUAAAGGAGGCGGGGAUGAAGGAUGAGGUGGGGACUGUCAAGAUGAGCGGAGUCGACAAGAAGAGGUUGAUCGAUGAUGUGAGGCAGGCCCUUUAUGCAUCGAAGAUCUGCAGCUAUGCUCAGGGGAUGAACUUGCUGAGGGCAAAGAGUGUAGAAAAAGGUUGGAACUUGAACUUCGGAGAGUUGGCCCGAAUUUGGAAGGGUGGAUGUAUCAUAAGGGCCGUGUUCUUGGAUCGGAUCAAGCGGGCCUACCAGAGGAACCCGAACUUGGCAAGCUUGGUGGUGGAUCCCGAGUUUGCUAGGGAGAUGGUCCAGAGGCAGGCAGCGUGGAGAAGGGUCGUGGGAUUGGCUAUUUCUGCAGGUAUUAGCACUCCGGGGAUGUGCGCUAGUCUCGCUUACUUCGAUACUUACAGGCGGGCUAGGCUGCCUGCCAAUCUCGUUCAGGCCCAGAGGGACCUGUUCGGGGCGCACACCUACGAGAGGAUUGACCGCCCGGGGUCGUUCCACACCGAGUGGACAAAGCUUGCGAGGAAUAGCAAGACUGGCGUUGGUGCUCUCAACUGAGCAAACUAUUGGUUUCCCAAUUAGGGGAGGUGAAGUUCCGUUCCUCCCCUGUUUUAAAUUGGCAGUGCUCUGAUUUGGAUUAGAGUCUGUAUUGGCUUACAGAUGCUCUUGUUGGGUUGUAUUGUCACAUUUCUGUGGGUAGGCAUAGCAUAGCAAAUUAUUGUUUGUCCCUUGCAAGUUUAUUCUGUUAAUAAGAAAUGCGUGCCUUCACCCGAUA